GCAUUGAGAGGAUUGACGUGGAGUUCCAAGGUCAUUUAAAAUCAUGACAAGCUCAGUUGGACAGAAAAAAGUCUCUUCAAGACAAAGGAAGUGUGGUUUUUGUAGAUCUAAUAAAGAUAAUGAAUGUGGACAAUUAUUGAUGUCAGAAAACCAGAAGGUGGCAGCACAUCACAAAUGUAUGCUAUUCUCAUCUGCACUGGUAUCUUCACACACUGAUAAUGAGAGUCUUGGUGGAUUCUCUAUUGAAGAUAUUCAGAAAGAAAUAAAGAGAGGCACUAAACUGAUGUGCUCUCUGUGCCAUUGCCCUGGAGCGACCAUUGGCUGUGAUGUGAAAACGUGUCACAAGACAUAUCACUACUACUGUGCUUUGCAUGAUAAAGCUCAGAUAAGAGAGAAACCCUCACAAGGCAUUUACAUGAUUUUAUGUCGAAAACACAAGAAAACUACGCAUAACUCUGAAGAUUUAGAAGAAAGUAUCAAUGAACACGAGUUGGAGCCUUCACCUCCCAAAGGAAAAAGGAGGGGUCGUAAGGGAAAGCCAAGAAAAACAAAUUUAAAAGGGCAAUCAGAAGACACUAGAUCUACGUCCUCACAUGGCACAGAUGAAAUAGAGAGCAGUUCCUAUAGAGACAGGUCUCCCCACAGAAGCAGCCCCAGUGAUACAAAACCUAAAUGUGGAUUCUGUCAUGCAGGUGAAGAAGAAAAUGAAGCUAGAGGAAAGCUUCAUAUAUUUAAUGCCAAAAAGGCUGCAGCACACUAUAAGUGCAUGUUGUUCUCUUCUGGCACUGUCCAGCUAACAACAACUUCAAGGGCAGAGUUUGGUGAUUUUGAUAUUAAAACUGUGCUUCAAGAAAUCAAGAGAGGAAAAAGAAUGAAAUGCACGCUUUGCAGCCAGCCUGGUGCUACUAUUGGAUGUGAAAUUAAAGCCUGCAUAAAAACAUACCAUUACCACUGUGGAGUAGAAGACAAAGCUAAAUACAUUGAGAAUAUGUCACGAGGAAUUUAUAAACUCUAUUGUAAAAACCAUAGUGGAAAUGAUGAAAGAGAUGAAGAAGAUGAAGAAAGAGAAAGCAAAAGCCGUGGCAAAUCAGGCACUGACCAUAAUGACAUUCCUCAGCAGCAGCUCAACGGAAACUAGGUUCAAGGGACAGAGUUAGAGAACUGGGAAUGGCUAAGACAUCAUAACUACUAAUUCUUUAAAUUGUUUUCUAAAAUCAGAAAAGGGUCAGUAACUUUUUACUGCCCGACUCUGUUAGAAAUUUCAUUGAACUGCCUGAAACGUUCAUGUGUGUGAGCCUUCAGUAAGUGGCAGAGUUUUACAUGUCAAUAUUAUGUAGUCUGUAGUCUGCAGUGUCUGGAAAAAAUGAAACACUAUAUAAAUGAUAUGUAAUAUGUACAGUGUCAAAAGUUAAGGCAGACAUUGAAAUGAAGUGAGAUCUAUAUUUCUGGACUGAAUAAAAUCCUUAAGAUAUGGAAUGUGUAAGUUGUUUAGUGGAUUCAUGGAAUGAGGGAAGGUCUUAGCUAGUUUAAUUAACAACACAGACAAGCUCGUGGUGGCAACAAGCUGGUACUUUGUGAAUUUUGCGUUUUCUUCAUACACAAGUUACGGAGGCUGUACAUGGGAAAGCCGCGCUCUGUUUUUGCUUGCAAAGCACACAGUAGAAAAGGACUCAGUGUACACCGAAGCACGCUUGAACAUUUCAGGUUGUUCCUGUUGUGAUUGCUCAUUCCGCCCGGCAUUGUUUGCGGGAGAUUUACUUGAGCAGCUGUUGGUUCUGAGCUGUGAGCUUUAGAACUCAUGCCAAAGGGCUGU